AACUCAGGAGGCAUUUAUAAGUUAUAUUCUUCAAUCAAUAGGUAUAUGUAAUUAAUUUAAAAGUAAAAAAAAAUGCAUGUAGCAAUCGCAGAAUGCCCCUUUAAUUAGAGACUGGAGAAAGUGACUCAAUUCAUGCAGUGUAUUAGAGCAUAUCCAUCAUUAUUUCUGCUGACCUGGCAAUUAUGCAUUGGCUCCGUUUAUAAUGAAAGCAAAUGGUCAUAUUUGGAACGGUGGAUCGGUUUUCGUUCGUUUUUAAUAAAUUCACACAACAGUAAAUUAUUACUCAAGGUUUUUGGGAGACCUUGUAGAUUAUUUUCAUGUAUAUUUUUGAAGCCAAGUGCUUGGAUAUGGUUUUUGCGUCAUCAUUGCGGUCAGAAUCCACAGUGUCAAUGUAACCACAGGCGGGUACCUUUUCUGAAGACCGUCCAAGAACUCCGCAUACGUACACAUCUUUUUUUCUGCUGAACAUCCAUAAGAAGGAGCUGCAUCUCUCCCUUUCCUUUGAUAUAAUAUUUUGGGGCUUAAUAAAAAACUCGAAGAAAAGUCAGGCGGCAUUGUACCAGCUAGUUGUGAAACUUGACCAGGAUGAUGGUGGCUCACCCUCGCCCCCUGUUGGUGAUGUUGCUGCAGCUGCUCCUCUCCUGCUUGCCCACCCUCGGCUACUCCUCCAACAGAUUCUUCUACCAAGACAUUCUCAACGGAAAUGGCAAUGGAGAGAUCCACUUUAACGGUGUAAAGCUCCACGUGGACUCCUCCCAGCCCUCUGUGUUCGCUUUCCGGGGGAGUAACGCCACCCUAUCCUGCCGAUACUGGUACGAGCCAGAGUUGAGCUCCCCCAGGAGGGUGCGGGUGAAGUGGUCGUGGCUGCCCGUCGUGGGGGGCCAUGAGACGGACGUUCUGGUGGCCAUUGGGCCCCGCAUUCACAGCUUUGGGGAUUUCAGGAACCGGGUGCGUCUCAGAGAGGACUCGCCAGGAGAUGCUUCGCUGGUCAUGACUGAACUCCAGCUCAAUGACACGGGACGUUACCGCUGUGAGGUCAUCGACGGGCUGGAGGACGAGAGCGCCACCGUCAACCUCGAGCUACGAGGUGUGGUGUUUCCCUACCAGCCUCCUCACGGCCGCUACAACCUGACCUACCAUGAUGCCCAGCAAGUCUGUUGGGAGCAGGACUCCACUCUAGCCACAUUCGAGCAGCUGUUCCAGGCCUGGGAGGAGGGUCUGGACUGGUGCAACGCAGGCUGGCUGGCUGACGGGACAGUGCAGUACCCCAUCACCAAGCCCCGGAGCCCCUGUGGGGGGCUGGGCCUCGCCCCCGGGGUUAGGAGCUACGGUAGACGCCACCGCCACCUCCACCGAUACGACGUCUUCUGUUUCUCCUCCUCCCUCCGAGGGAAGGUCUACUACCUCCAGCACCCCCACAAGCUCAACCUCACUGAGGCCCAGCAGGCGUGCUUCGACGACGGGGCCCAGAUAGCCAAGGUGGGCCAGCUCUACGCCGCCUGGAGGUUCAUGGGCCUGGACCGCUGUGACGCCGGAUGGCUCGCUGACGGGAGCCUGCGCUACCCCAUCACCAACCCCCGCCGCAACUGUGGCCCCAUGGAACCAGGGGUGCGCAGCUUUGGGUUUGCCCCACCACACCACAAGCACGGAGUGUACUGCUACAGUGCAGUUGUGGUGUUUCCCUACCAGUCUCCUCACGGCCGCUACAACCUGACCUACCAUGAUGCCCAGCAAGUCUGCGAGGAGCAGGACUCCACUCUGGCCACCUUCGAGCAGCUGUUGCAGGCCUGGAAGGAGGGUCUGAACUGGUGCAACGCAGGCUGGCUGGCUGACGGGACAGUGCAGUACCCCAUCACCAAGCCCCGAAGGCCCUGUGGGGGGCUGGGCCUCGUCCCCGGGGUUAGGAGUUAUGGUAGACGCCACCGCCACCUCCACCGCUACGACGUCUUCUGCUCCUCCUCCCCCCUCCGAGGGAAGGUCUACCACCUCCAGCACCCCCACAAGCUCAACCUCACUGAGGCCCAGCAGGCGUGCUUCGACGACGGGGCCCAGAUAGCCAAGGUGGGCCAGCUCUACGCCGCCUGGAGGUUCAUGGGCCUGGACCGCUGUGAUGCCGGAUGGCUCGCCGACGGGAGCCUGCGCUACCCCAUCACCAACCCCAGCCGCAACUGUGGCCCCCUGGAACCAGGGGUGCGCAGCUUUGGGUUCCCCCCUCCAUACCAGAAGCAUGGGGUGUACUGCUACAGUGCAGGUAUGCCGUAAAUCUGAUAUAUGUGAAAAAUCUACAUACCACCAAUCUCACAUCUCUUCUAAUAUGGUAACAGAUCACAAUCCACAAAUGAAUAGGUUUGUCUCAUGUAUAGAAAUGUAUAGGGUGCGAAGGUUGGGUUAUGGUGUGAAGUUGUGGUAUGGUUUGAGGAUUUCUAAUGUAGCUGGGGCAUGCUAACAACAAAUGGGAGAAUUAUCUAUCUGUACUUAGUGGCUAUACUAUGUUAACUAUGGUCCUCCUUGUGAGCAGCCUCCCUUGUGAUUUACACCAGCAGGUUAGCAGCACCAUGGUGAACAUGCAUGUCUCACACAGGGUCAACCACUCACUGCAUCUAGCCUGUGGUCAAUGAGAUCAGGAACAUUUGUCAUAGUCCACCAUUCAAGGACUUGAGAUUUCCUUGCUCAGUUUUUUUGUUGUAUUUGAUAGGGACAGAUAUAAUCGAGACAUUGAAUGAACAACAGUCAGAUGCAUUGCACCAUCAUACCUUAGCUAAUUUCCAGUGGUUGUCCUCAGAUUAUCAUUGAAGUACACUAAUUAGUAUUAAAACAUCUACAAGUUACACAGUUCUUCUGAUGUCAUGAGCCAGAUCUUUACUGUUGAUAGAUGUGUCACAGUGUUGUAUUAUAAUAUAAUGUAUGAAUACUAUACUUUCAUUUUGGACCAAUAAUGGUCAAAAAUUUUAGUACAUUAUGGACCCACCUAAAUCUUGCUGUAGCCUAUAAUGUGAUCUAUCAGUAAGUGUGAACGAACCUGUAGUUCAACCCGGACCUCAGCUUCAACUGUAAUAUUAUGCGUAUUGUUAGUUAAACUUCAUGUAUGGUAUGCAUUUACUGUUCUCUCUUUGUAAACAUUUUCCUGUACGACAUAGGAGCUGAUCUCAGCUGAUAUUUUUGUAAAAUAAAUUGUCUACCUUAAGAGGC